UUACAGCUCUUAAGAGCAGGAGCGCCAUCGGUAUGAUCACUGACUGAAACAAACAUAGAAAGUCUCCUCCGCUAGUCCAAUCCAGCUGCUUUUGCAGAAAGCCAAAGAUUUCAGCUGCAAAUUCGAAUUCGCAAUGUUCGCCAAGCGGCUUUUGCAGAAAGCCAUAAACAACUCUCAGCAUAAUUUGCCAUACGGGAGUUUGACGGCGGAAGACUUGGACCUGCGAGUUGCAGUUCACUAUGGCAUCCCAUCCACGGCCUCCAUUCUUGCUUUCGACCCGAUUCAGCGCCUUUUGGCCAUUGGAACAAUCAUUGCGCACUGUCGUGUGGUUAAUGAGGUAUCUUGCUGCAAAGCAUUGCUGUUCCACAUUUCUCGGAAUUGCUAUUCGUUUCUGUGGUCCCAGAACUUUUGAAUGGCAAAAUACACAUGCAUAUUUGGUGAAGCAUGCUUGUAGAUACUGCAAUGAAGGCAUGAUAUUACGUACAUCUAUUUGGAGAUAUGAUAUCCCUGCAUCACACAAAUCACAUUGUUGUUUUGAUUCUUAUUUGUUUGGUAGGCAUGGGAGGAUUAAAGUGAUCGGUGGUGAUGGUAUUGAAGGACUCUUUAUAUCCCCGAA